GAAAUAUGUGUAGUAUUUUAAUGUAAAUCGAAAAUAAAAGAUGGAAAAAUUUAUAUUCCUUAUUACUUUAUCAUUAAUGUCAAAUUGGUAUUAUUAAUUUUCUAAAACCCUAAAUCUCAACUGUCUUCUUUGUUCAGCUUACUUCAAUUUCAAUGUUGGGUAGCUUAAACCAUUGUUGUUCUUCAGUAUCAUCACAAUCAACAAAGCCAAUAAGCUCAUCAAUGAACUUCGCAAUUUUGAGAAGAUCAAUUUCUUACAAUCUUCUUCAAAGAGCUUUUCCAGUUCGUGCUUAUUGCGCUACUGUGUAUUCUUCAAAUUCAAAGCGUAACAAUUUGUUUUCCAGAAUUAGCCCUGUGAGGCAUGCGGAUCUCAUAAUUCCAGUUUUGGAUGAAUGGGUGGAUGAGGGCAGAAAAGUCACUAGCUUCGAGCUUCAACGCAUUGUUCGUGAUCUCCGUAGCCGUAAACGGUUUUCUCAAGCUCUCCAGGUUUCAGAGUGGAUGAGUGUCAGAGGUCUCUGCCCUUUCAAGUCAGGAGACUGUGCUGUGCAUUUGGAUCUUAUUGGUGUUGUGCAUGGUUGGGAAGCUGCAGAGUGCUACUUUAAUAACCUUACCGAUGAACAGAAGAAUGAUAAGACUUCCGGUGCUCUUUUUAACUGUUAUAUUAGAGAACGCCUAGUUGAGAAGUCCCUAACCCACUUUCAGAAAAUGAAGGAACUUGGUUAUGCUCACUGUACUCUUGUUUACAACAAUCUCAUGUGCCUUUACAGAAGUACUGGCCAACUCGAGCAAGUCUCUGAAGUGCUAUCGGAGAUGAAGGAGAAUGGUGUCACCCCUAAUAACUUCAGCUAUCGGAUCUGCAUCAAUUGCUGUGGAGAAAGAGCUGAUUUUAAUGGUAUGGAGAAGCUUCUUGAAGAAAUGGAAAGUCAGCCUUUCAUAUCGGCGGACUGGAUCACCUAUUCCAUGAUGGCUAAUGUUUAUAUUAAAGCCAAGUUCAAGGAGAAAGCUCUUAUUUUCUUGAAAAAGUUAGAAGAUAGGCUACAUAAAGAUCCAAUAGGUUACAAUCAUUUGAUCUCCCACUACGGAAAUCUAGGCAACAAGGAAGAGAUGUUGCGAUUGUGGGGUGUACAUAAGGUUGUGUGUAAAAAGCAAAUUAACAGGGACUACAUCACCAUGUUAGGUUCCUUAGUGAAGCUUGGUGAACUAGAGACAGCUGAGACCGUGCUAAAAGAGUGGGAGUCUUCUUGCCACACCUAUGAUUUUAGAGUGCCAAAUAUCCUUCUUAUUGGAUAUUGCCAGAAUGACUUAGUUGAUAAAGCUGAAACCAUGCUGCAUGAUAUUAUCAAGAAAGGUCAGACACCAAUCCCAAAUAGUUGGGCUAUCAUCGCUGCAGGGUACUUGAAUAUGAAUAAUAUGGAAAAGGCUUUUGAAUGCAUGAAAAAAGCCAUAGCUGUACGAGGACAAAAUCCCGCAUGGAGACCAAAACCCCAUCUGGUGUCAAGCAUAAGUAAAUGGCUCGGUGACCAACAAGACUCUAGAGAAGUAGAGGCUUUCCUUAGCUCAUUAAAGACAGUAGUUACUGGAAACAAAAACGUGCAUGAUGCGACAAGGAACACAGAAGCCAGUGGAAUAGAAGAAGAGAAUGAAAACGAAGAAAUUCUCAGCUAUGAGCAGAGCAAGUAAACUUCUGCUCAAAGCCUGGAGGAACAUGCGCCUGUCUCGUUUUCUCUGUUAUCCACCUCCAUAUGCUUGGAGAAAAAGGGAGAUAAAAAAGAGUAAGCCACACUGUUAUUACUGUUGAGGCUAGCUUUGUAUACUGUGAACUUAUUCAUUAUCUGUGCUUGAAGAUAUGUGAAGAGCAGUGAUGAACAAUGGUACACGAUUGCAACAAGCUUGCAUCUUGUACUGUCAAAACGAGAGGAGAAAACUGGCGAUUUUGCAACCUUGUUCGGAUCUAUCAGCAUUACCCAGGUGUUUACAGUUAUUAUUUAGUAGUAUUCGUUUUCACUCUAAAGCUAGAGUUUGAAAAAAAGAUAAAAAGGAUGUAAUUUUUGAAUAAACAGUUUUACAAUUGCAAUUGAUAUGUUCAAAAAAAAAAAAGAAAUACUGUAUGAUUAAGACCUCAAUGAUAUAUCAAUGUCACAUAUGGUGAAGUAAGUCAAAAUCCAGCUAAAA